AUGUGCGCGACCUGCAACCAGACCAUUAGACUCAACGGCAAUGGUGGGAAGGUCGAGAUCCAGAACACCGAUCAUCUUUGGGAGCAACAAAACAAGCAGACAAAGGGGGAGCCACUAUACUAUCUCGUGGUGACCGCGUUGAAGGACCAAGAAGCUCAGGGAGAUUGCUCUACUCAACGCUUCGAAUUCCAAUCACUGCGCCACCUUACAAAUGCCGUGGAUCAAAUUGAAGCGGGAUUUGGUGGUACGGUUGCUCUGCGGAAGUGCGGCGGAGAGUUGCCGGAUGCAAUGGGUGGCAGGGUCAACGAUGGGCGGUGUGAGAACGUUACAAUUGAGUUCGAUAGCAACACGGCGCAGGAGGGGUGGGACAAGUUCCUGCUCAGGUUGAGGGGUAUGGAGAAGGAAUGGCGAACUGCAAGCCAGUGA